AUGGCCGACCCCUUCAGUCUUGCGGCAGGAGCAAUCGGAACGAUAGGCCUCGCCCUUCAAACCAUAACUGCGUUAUUCAACGAGAUUCAAGCAAUCCAGAACGCACCAGCACUCAUCACAUCACUCGGGAGAGACCUGGAGGCUGUCCAAGCGGUUCUUCAGCAAUUCAACUCGCCUACCAAUCUUACAACCCUACAGACGCUCCGCCCUGAAACUCAGUCCGCGCUUUGGUUGGCGGUCCAGCAGUGCACACAGGUGUGUCACUCGUUUAGAGUCAAAGUCCAAAAGUGGACUUCUCGGUCUACAGAUGGGAAGAUGCACUGGUGGGUUCGUGCUCGCGUGGGUUUGUUUGAGGUCGCGAAGAUUGAGUUCUUGAGGGAUGCGCUCGCAGCGAGUAAUGAUACUAUGAAUGCCGCGUUGGCGUUGGCGACUCUGCUCUCCGCCGUCCAGACAGCCGAAACCACCAAAGAGACCAAAGACAACCUGGCUGCCCGGCAGACGGAAUUAACCCAAAUGCUCGAAGCGCUUGACGAACGAACAACGAGUAUCAACCUUCAACUUGCUUCUCUGACGCCCGAAACGCGCGCACCCGUUGACAGCUACACUUGUUUCAUCUCCCAAGAUCGGAAUCCAUCGUCCACCGGCACUCAUCAUGCUGCUCACAACGUCCCAGAAGGCCCGCACCUUGCCACGGAAAUACUCGACGUCUUUCACCAUUCCAAGCAGCUCUUGAAGCAGCUGAUUUCAGAUCCGUGCGCCACACGGAACAAGGAUGGAAAAGAUAGGCAUGGAGAACGGUGGCAGGCUAUUGGCGGGUACGAUCAAUCCUCAGGGGAAGCAGGAGAUCUCGCACGAUAUAAAGGACGUGUUCGGCCGUCCGGGAAGGGCGUGGGACUGUGA